GAACCUAGAUGUGGAGCAGGAAUUUGAGGAUGUGAUCUUUGUGAUGCGGUGCAGACCUUUGAGAAUGUAUGAGUGGAAAGUGUAUUAAAACGCCCGCGAUCAUCACGCGUUCAUCUGCUGCGACAGUCCACCUGGGAUGGGCCUGAUUUGUUCCCGACCUUAGCAGGCGAACCCCAGGACGAGGCGGUGCCGGAAUGGGAGGGCGCCCCGAAGCCAAUCUGCUGGACGUGGGGGCAAACUGAAGAGUGUUGAAGAGGGUGUUUAAAAUUCAAAGGUCAUAGGUCAGUGUAGAAAGGAGUUGUGGGAUCCAAAGUCGGAGGGGUGCUAACUCAGGUAGAGACUGAAUACUCAAGGGAUAGAUUUGUGGGCGAGGGGUUUGGAAAGAGAAGCAGCAGCAAGGUGCCGGGCGUGGAGCCCGGGAGAGUAGGGAACUUGAGAGGAGAGAAGGGGAAAGAGAUCUCCUGAAAAUCCAUUCCUAGACUUCAGGCCGGUCACAUUCAGUCAUUUAGCUGAGCCUCCCAGAGUUGCAACCCUAGCUUCUCCUCAGGGUAUCAAAAAUGGCUUCACCCUCCAGACAACCCCCGCUGGGGGGUUCAGGACUGCUUCACGGGAGCCGGGCUCGUUCUUACGGAAGCCUGGUUCAAUCGGCCUGCUCCCCAGUAAGGGAAAGACGCCUGGAGCAUCAGUUGGAGCCUGGAGACACCUUGGCUGGACUAGCACUCAAAUACGGGGUGACGAUGGAACAGAUUAAGCGUGCAAACCGCCUUUAUACUAAUGACUCCAUCUUCCUGAAGAAGACCCUCUACAUCCCUGUCCUGACAGAGCCCAGAGACUUGUUCAGUGUCUUGGAUUUUGAGGAAGAGAAAGACAGAGAGGAAGAGAUACACCCAACUAAGAAUGAAGUUUUGCCACACUCAGCUGAGAGGAAGAAACAAGAGACAGGUUUAGGACAUGCCAAUAGCAAAGUCCUCCCUGUACCUGGCCAAGAAUCCCCCACACCCAUCCAUGACCUCUCUGCCUCUGACUUCCUUAAGAAGCUUGAUUCACAGAUCAGCCUGUCAAAGAGGGCUGCUGCUCAGAAGCUGAAAAAGGGAGAAAGUGGGAUACCUGGGGAGGAUGCAGGGCCCCACCUGAGCUCCCCUCGGACGCAGCAACGAGCAGUCCUGGGUCCUGUACCGUUGACCCGUACCUCUCGGACCCAGACACUACGAGACCAGGAGGAUGAAAUCUUUAAACUCUGAUGUCCCCAGAACUGAUUGAGAGAAGUAAGAUGUUGAAGGAACAACUUGAGGAGGAGCCUGAGGUUAGGCUCAAGAGCAUGGCUUCCCAGGCUACCUCCCUCCACUCUGGCCAUCUUCCCCAGCUCCUUCUCUGCUAAGAAUUCCUUGGCCUGGGGUAGUUUUAUUGGCAAGAGUAGGGGAUGGGGAUUGGACUCCUUUCCAGUUCUUGGGCUGAACCUGGAGUUGUCGUUUAGAUUCAAAAGGCUCUUUUUUCAUCCAUGCUGCCUUUCCUAUCCCUCUCACCAUUCCCCGGCCUUAAAGCAGGGAAGCAGAGACUCCCUCUCAACUUAAUCCUCAUCUCCAAGUAUGUUAUCUAAUUUAUUUGGUGCUAUAUUGACUGAUAUUUAUUCACUGUAUCCUAUUCCUUCUCACUCUUAGCUGAAAAAUGGGAUUUCGAUAGCUCCGGAAUGCGGGAGCCCAGGAAGAGUGAGCGAGUACCUGCUGCUCCUCACUUUCCCCCUCUUUAGCCACGGAUGUUACUGAGGAUGGGGCAACCAGUGAUCUGCUCCCAUCACAGAGACCGGCAGACAGUGCCAGGCCUUUUCCUCAGUCAUAAAGUAAAGAAUUCAAGUUUAAUCUUGACUAACUCCCUGUGACUUUCCCACAACUCUAGCUCUGAGAAAAGUAGCACUGUAGGGAUCUGAACUCUCCAGCAGUUCACCCUUCUAACCUGUUCCUCUGCUCAGCCUAUGAGGGGCUAAGGGAUGGAAGGAUUUCCUUGGAGCUUGAAGAGGACCGUUAGGGGGAUCUCUUUGUUAUACUUUCUCCCCACCAGAGCCUGUCUGCCAAUGCCUUGCCCCUCACUGUGUAUUUAUUUGCACUUUGUAGCACUGGUCUGUGGUACAGUUUUUUUUUUGUUGUUUGUUUCUUAAACAGAAGUAGGCAAGGGGACCUCAGUGAUACUGGAAAUAUGCCUCAGUCUCCUGUAUGGAAGUGGUGAGAGGUGAGAUGAGUGGUGUUUAGAU